CUAAUAUGGGACCAUCACCAGGACCCAAACAUUGCAUACCGGAAAGUUUCAAAGCAUGAAGUAAACAUUGGAGUUAACGCUCAAAAUAUAGACCUUCGUUUCUUUGAGACUCCUGAUCAUUGAUACAAUGAACAACAUGUCGCCUGAGGUUGCACUGCACCGCAUCUCACCUGAGCUGCGACCUUUGCUGUGCAGUGUGGUGAGGAACGGCCGCGUGGGGCUGGACUCCACAAACUGCCUCCGGGUCACGGACCUCAAAACAGGAUGCACAUCUCUAACUCCUGGUCCAUGCUGUGAUCGCUUCAAACUCCACAUCCCUUACGCUGGAGAAACCCUUAAAUGGGAUAUAAUUUUCAACGCUCAGUAUCCUGAGUUACCUCCAGAUUUCAUUUUUGGUGAAGAUGCAGAGUUUCUCCCUGAACCCUCUGAACUACCCCACUUGGUCCACUGGGAUGCUGGAAACCCAGAGAGUUUGCUUCAGCUGGUGAAGGAGCUCAUCCAGCAGUACCAUCAGUACCAGUGCCAGCGCCUGCGCGAGAGCUCCCGGCUCCUGUUUGAGUACGACAGCCUGCUGGAAGAUCCCAGCUAUGGACGGAACCUGGAGAUUUAUGCUGGACGGAAAAACAGCUGGACAGGAGAGUUUUCAGCCCGUUUCCUCCUUAAACUCCCAGUGGACUUCAGCAACAUCCCAGUUUAUCUUCUCAAGGACACAACACUGGACCCAGGAGAGGAUGUGGCUCUUCUCUCAGUGAGCUUUGAGGAUGCUGAAGCUACCCAGGUCUUCCCAAAACUCUACCUCUCGCCAAGCAUUGAGCACGCUCUGGGAGGCUCCUCAGCACUUCACAUCCCAGCGUUCCCCAGCGGAGGAUGCCUAAUUGAUUACGUCCCUCAAGUGUGUCAGUUACUCACCAACAAGGUACAGUAUGUCAUACAAGGUUACCACAAACGGAGGGAGUACAUCGCUGCUUUUCUGAGCCACUUUGGAAUGGGGGUGGUGGAGUACGACGCAGAGGGAUUCACUAAACUCACUCUACUCCUCAUGUGGAAAGACUUCUGCUUCCUAGUCCAUGUGGAUCUCCCGCUGUACUUCCCCAGGGAUCAGCCCACCCUCACCUUCCAGUCUGUGUACCACUUCACCAACAGCGGUCAGCUCUAUUCUCAGGUGCAGACGUCGUAUCCCUACAGCCCACGUUGGGAUGGCAACGAGAUGGCCAAAAGGGCAAAAGCCUACUUCAAGAGCUUCAUCCCUCAGUUCCAGGAGGGAGCCUUCGCCAAUGGGAAACUGUAGCUCUCGUCUCGCUUUGACAUUUGCUGGAGUGUGUCACUGUUUGUGUUCUUGUGUACUUGUUUUUUUGGGAGGAGGGAGCGGGGGGGUUCGUCUGCAAAGACUUUGAAUCCUGCAUUUUUUUUUCACUGAAGCUGAUGGGAGAAGCCACUUUUUUUUGUAGAACUUUGUUUUCUAGGCGUCAUGAAGAUUCAUCAUAAGUGUUGACAGCAGAGUAAAACGCCAUCAUUCUUGAAGCUCUGACAGAAAAUUAACGUGACGGCUUGUGUUGCGCUAUUUCUUACAAUGAACAUUGUUUUAUGUAUGACGUCUGGAAACUCCAUGCACAAAUUUGCUUUAAAAGGAGCUGAAAGAACAAGCUUUGUUUACUUGCUUUCAUCAUAUUGUUAUCAAGUUGUGCACAGCUGUUGAUGUUAAAAUACUUUAAAGCUUUUCUUAUUCACUUGAAUGUUUCCUGUCUUAAAUGAUUGGUGAAGACUUUUACUGACAUGUUGACAAUACUUUGAGUUAUUCCCAAAAAUGUUAUUCCAAAAUUUUCUUUCAGUAAAACACUUUUCUCCUGAC